AUGGCAGCUACCCCUUCUGUGAUUUACACAUGGUUGCUAAAGAUACCUGUUGCACAUGGUGGACCGCGGUAUGGAUAUCAAAGAGCUACUGCCCCUGAUCCAGUGAGCCUGGACCAUCUGGCUCUGUAUAGAGAGUUUUUGGUCCUUUUCUGUGACCUGCUGUUCUGCUCUGUUAAUGUGUCAUCUACUUCCUCUUCAGCUUUCAAAGAUUGGUAUUCUCUGUUUUAUAACCGCUUGAAGAACAUUGAGGAGAAUGAAGGAGGCCUUGAUAAAUUUACAAAAAGUUACAAAUCCUUUGGAGUUAACCAACUUGUGGAUGGUGGAAUAUAUUGCAAAGAAUGGGCGCCGGGAGCAGAAGCAGUGUUUCUCGCAGGUGACUUCAAUGACUGGAAUCCAUUUUCUCAUCCAUAUAAGAAGAUGGAGUAUGGGAAGUGGGAGUUGUUCAUGCCACCAGGACAAGAUGGUUGUCCUCCUGUGCCUCAUGGAUCAAAGCUAAAGGUGGUGAUUCGUGCUCAAAAUGGUGAUCUCCUCUAUCGUAUUUCACCUUGGGCGAGAUAUGUAAUCCGUGAUGAAGACAAAGUAAAUUAUGAUUGGGUACACUGGAAUCCACCACAGUCAUAUAUACAUAAGCAUCCUUCCCCCAAGAGAUUAAAAAGCCUAAGAAUCUAUGAAUCUCAUGUGGGGAUUGCUUCCCCAGAAGGGAAAGUAGCUUCUUAUAAAAACUUCACGUACAAUGUACUACCUAGAAUAAAGGAUCUUGGAUAUAACUGUGUCCAGCUGAUGGCUAUCAUGGAACAUGCAUACUAUGCCAGUUUUGGGUAUCAGGUCACAAGCUUCUUCGCAGCAUCAAGCCGUUACGGAACUCCAGAUGACCUGAAAGAAAUGAUUGAUGUUGCUCACUCAAUGGGCAUCACUGUUCUGCUGGAUGUUGUGCACAGCCAUGCAUCAAAAAACUCUGAAGAUGGUCUCAACAAAUUUGAUGGUACAGAUUCUUGUUUCUUCCAUUCUGGUCCUAAAGGAACUCAUCAGCUCUGGGACAGCAGGCUCUUUGACUAUGCAAACUGGGAAGUUUUGAGAUUCCUUCUGUCUAAUUUGAGAAUGUGGAUCGAAGACUAUCGCUUUGAUGGUUUCCGAUUUGAUGGUGUUACAUCUAUGUUGUAUCACCAUCAUGGCAUUGGCACAGGAUUCAGUGGAGAUUACCAUGAAUAUUUUGGCCUACAUGUGGAUGAAGAUGCUUUGUGUUAUCUAAUGCUGGCCAACCACAUGAUUAAUUUCUUGCAUCCGGAAUGCAUAACCAUAGCAGAGGACGUUUCUGGAAUGCCAGCUCUUUGUCGUCCUGUUGCAGAGGGAGGAGGGGGUUUUGAUUAUCGACUAGCCAUGGCUAUUCCAGAUAAGUGGAUACAGAUAAUUAAGGAGCUGAAAGAUGAAGACUGGAAUAUGGGCAAUAUUGUGCAUACAUUAACAAACAGACGGUAUGAAGAAAAGUACAUUGCUUAUGCAGAGAGCCAUGAUCAGGCACUUGUUGGUGAUAAGACAUUGGCGUUCCGACUGAUGGAUGCAGAGAUGUAUACAAACAUGAGCGUGCUCUCGCCUCUUACACCAGUUAUUGAUCGGGGAAUACAGCUCCAUAAAAUGAUUCGUCUCAUUACUCAUGCACUUGGAGGAGAGAGCUAUCUGAACUUCAUGGGUAACGAAUUUGGGCAUCCAGAAUGGCUUGACUUCCCCAGAAUAGGGAAUAAUGAGAGCUACCACUAUGCCAGAAGACAGUUUAAUCUUACUGAGGAUCAUCUUCUUCGCUAUAGAUUCCUAAAUGCAUUUGAUAGAGAUAUGAAUAAAUUGGAGGAAAGAUUUGGCUGGCUUGCAUCUCCCCAGGCCUUUGUGAGUGAAAAGCAUGAAUCCAAUAAGGUCAUAGCAUUUGAGAGAGCAGGUCUCAUUUUUAUUUUCAACUUCCAUCCGUAUCAAAGUUACGUGGACUACAGAGUGGGUAUGGAAACUCCAGGAAAAUAUCCUUUUCUUUACUAUUAUAAAAUCCUUCUGGAUUCUGAUGCUGCAGAAUAUGGAGGGCAUCAAAGGCUGGACCACAGUACAGAGUACUUCUCUGAAGAAUAUCCUCAUAAUUAUCGACCUAAUUCACUUAUGCAAUCCAAUUCACAGACCACCUUCAGCCAACACCCCAGAAGAUGCCACAAGCACCACAUAGAGGUGUACAUUCCAAGCAGAGUGGCUAUUGUGCUUCAGAAUAUGGAUAUCCCAAAAUGA